AUGUCCCGCUUUGAUGCGAAUGAGUUCGGAGAGGUUGGUCCUUUUCUAUGCAAAACUGACCUGGAGUUGCUGGCUGCGAAGACCAUUGCGUUUGAUGGUAAAAAGCGAGCAUGGGUUCCAGACGAAAAGGAGGCUUACAUUGAGGUUGAGAUCAAGGAGCUCGACCGAGACAAAGUCAUCGUUGAGACCAAAGAUAGAAGGGUGAGUGGUGCGCUCAAGGGAUUUGAUAGUACAGUUUACUCACGAUCAGAAAAUAUUACUAUGCAUUACCUCCCCACUGUGCAUAAACUGGUUGAAUCAACUUUUUUCCACGUCAUAAAAAAAAGAACAAAAUAUCUAUGUGAUGACGUUGAAUCAACGUGGGAAAACGGAUUGGAUUUGCUAAAAGUCAUCAACACAAGGGAAUUUCGUAUUUUUUCCACCCAACUUUUAACCUAAAUCAAAUAACAUGAAUUGUUUUGUUGAUUUCACGUUGAAUUCACGUUAGUUGACAACUCAACCAAAUGUAAAUCAAAACUAGAAGUUGAACUGACAUCUGUGCCCAGUGGGUCAUUUCUUUGCAAGUGUUUAUAGAUAGUUAGAAUAAAAUCCUCGUAAUAAAUAUAUAAUAAUUUAUUCUGAUACAUUAUUAUGAAUAGUUUUUAAACUGGAAUAUAGGUUUGUAGUGACUGAACAUGAUAUGACAACAGAACCAGAAUAUAUAUGACAACAGAUUUCCCCUUUGCCCAAGGCCCCAGUCUCACUGUUGCCUCUUCCUCCUUCCUCUCCCCAACUCUCUUACAGUGAAGGAGGAGGACAUCCAGCAGAUUAAUCCUCCUAAAUUUGACAUGAUAGAGGACAUGACCAUGCUGACACACCUCAACGAGGCCUCUGUGCUCUUCAACCUGCGCAGGCGCUACGCCGCCUGGAUGAUCUACGUGAGUGACCCCACAGGGGCAAUGGAGGGAUGGGACAGUUGUUCCAUGCACUUCCUGGGAUCCCUGAGUAGCCAGAACCACAUGUCAGUCUGUUUGUAGGGCAUAUGAAAUGAGACUGUCAGUUAGUGCCCCUCAUCCCUCUAUUAUUGCUCAGUUGGGUCUUUUGGUGAAUAACUUGAUUAAACGGUAUGUCAGAGGUGUUGAAACUAUAGCCCAGGUAUCAUGCAUUGCCUUCUUCAACUCUCUCUCCACAGACCUACUCUGGGCUGUUAUGUGUGACAGUAUACCCAUACAAAUGGCUGCCUGUCUACACCGCCCCUGUUGUCGCUGCCUACAAAGGCAAGCGCCGCGCCGAGGUCCCGCCCCACAUCUACGCCAUCGCAAACAACGCCUACAAUGACAUGCUGCGCAGUAAGUCACUCAGCACAAAUAAUACUCACACUCCUCCAUGUUGUCAGAAACCUGAUACUUGUCAUUAGAAGUCAUGAUUGUGCACACAAACUCCAGACAGUAAUGGAAUAUGACAUGACUCAAGUACAGCUUCACCAAAAUACAUAACCAAGUUGACGUAGUACUACUACUAUUACACAAGCCUUUUCUACUAGUUCACUCUUUAUGAUAUCUACACAGAUCGUGAGAAUCAGUCCAUGCUCAUCACGUAAGCAAAAACCCAAAUCCAUCUCAGAAAACGGUGCUCUAAUUACUGUGAUACCCUAUAGUCUGCUGUUGUUUCACAUACUACUAGUAAAAACAAGAAGAACAACUUGUAACGUUGGCCUUGUCACUGUAUGAGCAAUCAUAAUGAAUUCUAGGCCAUCCAAACACAGUUUUAAAAUGUGUCUACAAAACAAAAUAAUAUUUUUGUUAUAUGCUAUAACUCAAGAUGUCAAAACAGGAGUUUUUUGGGGGGAGGCAAAAGAUUUUGUUACUUUUUUUUCUUUCAGAGAGAACAUUCUGGUAUUUUGUUCCUGACUGCAGUUUAUAGUCUAAUUUUCUUGAUUUGUGCAUUUUUUACCUGUUUUAUCUACACAUUUCCUUUCUUAUCUAUACUUUUCCCACACUCCUAUAGCGGAGAAUCCGGUGCUGGCAAAACUGUCAACACGAAACGUGUCAUUCAGUAUUUUGCCAUUGUGACAGCUAAGGCCAAUAUGGCAUUCCAGAUUUUAAAAAAUCUCUCCCUUUUAAAACAUUUUUGGUCUCUUUUUGUCAUACGGAUUUGCUAAAUGUUUACCCUUUCCCUUUUUGACUUCUUGGUCAUAAUCUUACCCAGUCGUACAAUAGCAUACGGAUUGGAUAAUGUAGCUUAUCAUACAUUUUAGAGGACAUAUAUAAUUUUGCACAUCUUUAUCUGAGACCAAGUUGCGUUUGCGUCAUAACAACAAAAGAGAAUUAAGGGAGAAUUUACGUUGGCGGUUAAGGGAACUAAUGACAAAGGUUAAGAGAACUAAAAAGACGAAGGUUAGGUGAAUUUACGUAGCAUGUUAGGUGAAUUGGGUUACGUUUAGAAUAAGGGUUAGGGGAAGGGUUAGCUAAAAUUAUACAGUUAUCCCCGACGCGACUCGAACAUGCAACCUUUGGAUUGCUAGACCAGGGGUUCUCAAUGUGCGGUUUGUAUUUAUAUAUAUAAAUACAAAAUUAUGAUUAUUACUAACAACAACAGAUAAAACUAAUUUUGGCCAAGGGAUCCGUGGAAUAAAUUUAGAGCGUGUAAUACGAUAUAAUUAAAUAUUAAUCUACAAUUGAUGUUCUUAACCCUGGGCAAAAUAGGCCUGGGAGGCUCACAGGGAUAUUGGUUUCCACAGUACUCCACCAAAUAUUUAAACAAAUCUACUUAAUACUUCUUGUAUUCCCAAAAAUGUGUUUUUUAAAGAAUAGAUGCACUGUAAUUUAAGAUUUAAAACUGCAACGUUUUCUCUCUGCCUCAUGGAAAAAUGUGUGGAAUUGCAGGAUAUUACCUUUAAAGCUGCAACAACAAAAGAUCUCUCUGCCACUUGACAAAAUGUGUACAAUUGCUGGAAAUUCGCUUGAAAACUGCAAAAUGUUCUCUCUGAUGGUAAGAGGCGGGCCUUUAAAAUGUUCCUUCCCAGGGCCUAAGACUUGGGUUUGUCUGGCCAUACCCUGCCGGAGUCAUAGUAAAACUCUUUGUAUGCUAUUUAUAUCUCACUUGAGUUAUGUUCUGAUUAUGAGGGGGUCCCUGAUGAAUUUGCUAUCACAAAAGGGUCCCCGUCCCUAAAAAGUUUGAGAACUUGGUUGGAGUCAUUGCAGCUAAAGGUGGCACAACCAGUUAUUGAGUGUAAGGGGGCAAUUACUUUUUCACACAGGGGAAUUGGGUGUUGCAUAACUUUGUUUAUGAAAUAAAUGAAAUAAAUAUGUAAUUGUUGUGUUAUUUGUUUACUUAUGUUCCCUUUAUCUAAUAUUAGGUUUUGGUUGAAGAUCUGAUAACAUUCAGUUUCACAAAUAUGCAAAAGUAGAGAAAAUUAGAAAGGGGGCAAAUACUUUUUCAUAGCACUGUAUAUGUGAGUACCAUCAAAAAGCAAAAUGGGAUGAGCUCAUAACAACUGCAUAAAGAGCAAAACUCUGCACACAAGUUUCGCUAAAACAGAAUUUUCGGGCUGUGAUGAAAUUAAAGAUAUGCCCAUUCUUUCUCUCCUUUAGAUCUUCUGGAAAAAUCCAGUGUGAUAUUUCAGCAGCCUGGGGAAGCUACCAUAUCUACUACCAGAUCAUGUCCCAGAAGAAACCAGAACUUCUAGGUAAAUUAGGAUCAAAUCCAAUACUACCCAGAAAGUGUUAAUGUUAGGUGACCCAAUUGCGUGGGUUUUGAUUGACAAAGAUUGUCUCCUCCACAGACAUGCUGCUGGUGUCCACCAACCAAUAG